AUGAGCUGUGAAGAAGAAAAAGUUCUUUGCAAGGAGCAAUGGCGAUCUGAGGCGAAUGCUGUGAUACAAGAUGUUUCGUCAGGACUUCUAAGUGCGGCUGUAUCAGAAGUUUUGGAAAUCACAGACGGAGGAAUUUACAUAAAUGUCUCCACGUUAGAGGGGAACAAGUAUUGCAUCGAGCUCAGUCCGAAUGGAUUUGCAAUAGUGGGCAAUGGUUUCGAUGUUCGGGAUCUGAAGGAAAAACAAUAUUUUGAAACUCCAUAUUCUCUCCUGGACUCCUUGAGCCCAAUGUAUCGGGAGAACUUUUACAAGCAACUUUCGUCCAAGCUGGAGGAGGUUCAAAAGCAAAGAGAUUGA